AUUGAAAUGUCACGUUUGAGUUUGACAAUGUUACGUUACGGCAUGGGUGUACCUAGUUUAAAUGAUCAUGUUAUUAUGUGAUUUCAUAAUUCAAUUCACGUAAUAACUUCAGUUAUAUCACAGAGCGUUGCUAUAAAGGAGUGUCUUCGUGUGUCAGUGCAAUCAAAAUGGGUGAUAACAGGAAAAAGAAGAAGUUUUACUUUAGAAAAAGGAGAAACAAAUACUUCUUGGAACCCGGCUUCAGAGGGUUUUUCUGCACAUGUAACUUCAGAGAGAAAGACUGCGUGAAAGAAAUGUACAACUUGCUGAACGAGUACGCCGGAAAGAUAUAUCCAGACCUAGAAGGUGAUCAAGUGCCACCAUCUGCUGCUAACGAGGAAAACUCCUUAAGUGAAUCUGAAGAAGAAACAGACAUAGGGGACUUGUUGAAGCGUGAAGUGGACUCUAUGAAGAAAAGUUCUCAGAAAUCUCUCAGGCACAAGCGAUUUCAAGUUGUUGAAACAGGGGCAUCUAAUUGUAUUUUCAUAAAGACUAAUUUACCUAGUCCAGAAGUGCUGACCACAGCGAUUAUACAAGAUUUGUCUGAAACAAAGGUGCAGAAAACACGUCAUGUGCUACGCCUGCUACCUAUAAUGGCUACAUGCAAAGCUAAUUUGCCCGAUAUAAUGGAAGCGGCUGGAAAACUGUUUGAUAAAUACUUUUUGAAAGAUCCAUCAACAUUUGCGGUAAUCUUCAACAAACGGUUCAACAGCAGUGUGUGCCGAGAUUUGAUCAUCAAGGAGUUGGCAGACAUGAUAGUGCUUAAGAAUGGCAACAACAGAGCAGAUUUGAAGAAUCCAAGCCUUUGUAUAAUAGUGGAAAUUAUAAAAGGCAUCUGCCUUCUGAGUGUUGUAGACAAUUACUUUUUGUAUAAGAAAUAUAAUUUACACGAGUUGGGUAAAGAUGAAUCAAACAAUGAUUCAGAGGCGACACAAGCGAAGAAAUUUAAGAGUGAUGAUGAAAAUGUCAAAUAAACUUUUUAUUAACUUUUUCUAUGUCUGUAUACCCUUUCUUGUAGAUGUAUGUUAAUGUAAUCUAUUGCCCCAAAACCAAUUAUCGCACCAAAUUUUCUCUUUAACUUGUGGUCCACUUUAAAAUAUACAUGUGAGAAUAAAAUUCA